GCGCACACAGGAAACAGAUUUGUUGAUGUCACGGCACUGGGCAUGUCCAUGAGGUAGGCUACUGACAACAAUACAGGAUUACCAAAGCUCGUCUUUGCACACGCUUGUUUCCCUGCUCGUUUAGUCCUCCUUCGGUUUUUAAACGGGAGUCCUUGGAGGAGCCCCCUUACAGAGGACUGAAGAUAGGUGAGGGCCCCUAUAGCAGAGAGUUCAGUCAAUGGAACAUAUCUGGAAAUUUCCCCUGCGCAGCUGUAGCUGAGACACAGAGAGGAUUUUCACACAGGACAGCCCAAAUCUACAGCGCCACCUGUUCGUCACACUACCUAUAGCACACACUCAUGGAUCCCCAAGAUCUCAUAGACAGGGACAUCACUCUGACUGUACUGCUCCCAGGAGGACAGGAGACCACGGCCACAGUGCAUGGCAGUAAACCAGUUAUGGAUGUUCUGGUUACACUGUGUGCUCAACACCGUCUCGUUCCAUCGGAUCAUGCCAUUAAGCUUAUUUCAACAAACCAAAACCACAUCAAUUUCAAACCUAACUCCAUGAUUGGCUCCGUUGACUUUGAAAGAGUUGUCGUGCAAACUAAAGGGUGCGAUAACAAGAAGAAACCUCAUGUUCCUGUGGCAACAGUUCGUCUUCUGAUAAACUACAAGAAGUCCCAUAAGGCAGUAGUACGGGUCAAUCCCACAGUGCCUCUGGCUGAGCUGAUGCCCACAGUGUGUGAGAAGUGUGAGUUCGACCCUGAUGCCACCAUCUUACUGAAGACAUAUCAAUCAGAGGAACCUCUGGAUCUCACCAAAACACUCAAUGAUUAUGGAAUCAGGGAGCUGUAUGCCAAAGACAUUAAAGUGGUACCAAACAAUCCUGCUGAUCCUGUAUUAACCCAUAAAGGUGAUGAGGAGGAACAGAAAACCUCAGUUAAAGAAAAGAACCAAAGAGAGAAGGGAAACAAAGGUUUCUUUGGUUUAUUCAAGAAGAAUAAGAAAACACCUGAGCAGGCUGUGAUUGGCAGUGCUCCAAAUUCUCCCGAGCGUAACGACCAAUGCACGGACAGGGUGAACGGUGUUAACGGUCACUCAGCCUCACCCGGGGGCCCUGCCGACAUGCCAAAAAAGAGACGCGCUCCACGGCCUCCUAUGACAGCGUCCCAGAGUGUUGCCUGUGGGCGUCACACCAGAGACUCUUCUGACCUAUCAGAGAGCGAAUCUUCUAGAAAACAGGGUCAACUCAGCCCCAUCUCUUCCACCGAGUCCUCCCUUAAAAGGACUAAACGGAGAGCUCCGCCCCCUCCGCUUGAUGGCCCCACCCCAUCCGAUUCGGAUAACAAAGAGGAUGCUCAAGGGGGUGACAAGAGUUCAGACAAAUACAGAAACUGCAUUGCCGACCGCUGCCCUGCAAUCACUAAAGUUAUGAGUGAACUUGUAGAAUCUCUGCAGGCACGGCAACAGAGAACACUGUCUUAUGCAAACUCUUCUGUAUACCAGCAUCAGCUACCCGAGGAUCCUCCUACAGGUUUGUUUUCUGAGCAUCACACCCCUGAGGCUGAGCUUAAGGCACUCUCUGGCUGUCAGCUGCUGAGAAAACCCUCUGAGAGAGAAAGUUUGACCACCUUCACCGUAGUCCCCCUGAGACGCCAUCAGAGCAGGCGGUGUUUUGAGGUGCCACUAACCUUACAGACACCCGACAUCGCUGAAGCAGAGCAAGAGCUGUGCCCUGGAGACCCAGAGAUCUGCACCACAGAGCUUUCGGAAGCAAUCCCAUCUGAACCUUUUAGAAAUGUGUGCGAGGGUUCAGAUAAAAGCAAGCACUUGCCAAGGGUUCCACAUCUACAGCCUGCUGAGCAAGAGAAUCAAGCUUGGACAGAUGUAGGGAGUGACAAUUUGAAACUUGUAGAUGAACAGGACCAAUGUAUUAAUCCAGAAGACAUGGAGAUGGAGAGUUCAGAAUCACCUGUAAGAAGUCUUUGUAAACCAGAACAUUUAGGCAGUACGAUUAAUAAUCUAGAACUAAAUGGCAACUGUGCAUAUCCUUCAAAGCAAGCUGAUAAACCUGCUGACAAGUCACCAAUCGAUCCAAAAGUGGGCCCUGAGGAGCAAGAGAAGAUUGAAGAACAAGCUUUGGUGGAGAACGGAGAAGAAAAGGAUUGGGUAGAAGAAUACAAAGAGAGGAGGAGGAGGUUUCUUGGUGGUGGUGGCGGCUGUAAUGAUAGUUUGAAAAGAUUAGAUGUUUGGGGAAGGAUUCAAAGAGAAUUUACACACAUGCAAGAAGAGACAACAAUGCAAGAAAAGGACUUCCCAUCACCUCCACCGCCUGUCUACUGGGACAGUGAAAAUAAAGAGGAAAUGCAGAUCUGCGAUAAAGACCUUGACCAAUCUGCAAACUAUCUGCCCUACUCCGAACCGAAAUCCUACUCUACCCAAACCAACAGUGAUCCAGACACCUCUAGUGCCGAAAACGUCUGCAGCUCUGAUCCAGAGCCUCACAGAACCUCCUUGUUAUCUAAAUCGCAUUCAAGCUUUGAACCCUGCCCUCCUGCAACAGUGUCUCUUUUCGCCUUGGCUGUAUUUCAGAAAGCUAAGCUCUCCAAACCAGGCCUGGAUCCCAACUGCUCCAGGAGACGGGAGCUGCCCAUGAACACGCACAGUAAUUGAUGGCCAGUCUGAAUAAGGGAGUGUUCAUAGAUGAGGAAGAGAGGUUCUUCAC